AUGUGUGAUAAGUUCGACCCGUUGGCAAAGAGAUUCGUACAUGGGUCAAUUGACACAUGCUCACUUGCUCCAACAGUUGAAGCCCUCACCAAAAACCUUCUCGAGGAUGUCAAGAAGAUCUUUAAGACCACCUCUGGAACUCCCUUCCUCAUUCCAACCACAGGAACCGGUGCAUGGGAAAGUGCGCUGACGAACACACUGUCGCCCGGUGAUAGAACUGUCUCGUUCCUGAUUGGUCAGUUUAGUUUGCUGUGGAUCGAUCAGCAGCAGCGCCUGAAAUUCAACGUGGAUGUUGUGGAGAGCGACUGGGGCGCGGGUGCUGACCUGGACGCUUUGGCGUCGAAAAUAGCAGAAGAUACAGCUCACACCAUUAAGGCCGUCUGCAUUGUCCACAACGAGACUGCUACUGGAGUUACCAACAACUUGGCCACCGUAAGAAAAAUACUCGAUCAUUAUCAGCACCCGGCGCUCUUCCUCGUCGACGGAGUGUCCUCGAUUUGCGCGCUCGAUUUCCGCAUGGACGAGUGGGGAAUAGAUGUGGCUCUUACCGGUUCGCAGAAGGCACUUUCUCUUCCCACCGGAAUGGGGAUUGUGUGCGCGAGCCCCAAGGCUCUCGAGGCCUCCAAGACUGCAACAUCGGUUCGAGUUUUCUUCGAUUGGAACGAUUACUUGAAGUUCUACAAAUUGGGCAGUUAUUGGCCAUACACACCUUCCAUUCAGCUUCUCUACGGUCUUAGAGCCGCUUUGGAUCUCCUCUUCGAGGAAGGCCUCGAUAAUGUCAUCGCAAGGCACACUCGCCUCGCCAAAGCAACAAGACUUGCGGUGGACGCAUGGGGAUUGAAGAACUGCACGCAGAAGGAGGAAUGGUUCAGCGACACGGUGACAGCUGUCAUUGUACCGUCGUACAUAGACAGCGCGGAAAUCGUUAGAAGGGCGUGGAAGCGUUACAACUUGAGCUUAGGCCUUGGCCUCAACAAGGUUGCUGGCAAAGUUUUCAGAAUAGGCCACCUUGGCAACCUCAACGAGUUGCAACUACUGGGGUGCCUUGCUGGAGUGGAGAUGGUGCUGAAAGACGUCGGUUAUCCGGUGACGCUUGGGAGCGGAGUCGCGGCGGCAUCUGCUUUCUUACAGAACACCACUCCUUUGAUUCCUUCAAGGAUUUGAAUUUGUGUAUCUAUCUAUAUCUAUAUCUAUAUCUAUAUAUGUUGUGUCCUUUUGUCAUUUGGUGAUGAUACUGUAAAGAUUUGCAUCUCUUUUGGCUUUGUAAUUUGGUUAUUUGUUCUUUAAUGGACCUUUUCUUUUGUCUUAUAAAACUUUAUUGCAAUUAGUAC